CUGGAAUUAUAAACUGCACAUGAGGUUUAUAAGUCCAGAUAUAGCAUGUACCUGGACUUAAAAACCUCUCGUGCCGUUUAUAAUUCCAGCUGUAUUUGCACCUGGACUUAUCAACUGCAUGUGAGGUUUUUAUGUCGAGGUGCAAUUUGUAUCUGGACUUACAAACCUUUAUUGACUUUGAUUUUCUGGAUUUAAAAUUUUCUGUGCACGAUUUUUGUAUCUGGACUUAUAACCCAGCAU